CAUCACAUCUAACUUCAGUGCAGAGCAGACAGAAGCGAUGACUCUUUUUCACCAUGUUAUUGAUCGAGGGAUUUUAAAACGAAGAUGGAACGAUAAUCGUCGGGAUUUCCCCCUCUCAUCUUUACUGGAUGGAUUUCAGUGCACUCGACACGAUGAACAUGUUUCAUACGGAUCCUCAGCUGCUGCAGUGCCGCCUUUUGGUUGCACGUUUUCCUCUGCCCCCGGACAUCAGAACAGCGUUGCUGUUGCAAAUGAAGAAGGAUUUGUGACCAUCUUCAAUACUGGAGAAUAUAAGAGCUCCGUCCUGAAGGAGUGGCAGGCCCAUGAUAAUGCAGUGUUUGAUAUUUCCUGGGUUCCUGGCGCGAACAGUUUGGUAACAGCCUCCGGUGACCAGACCGCACGUCUGUGGGAUGUUAUUACUGGCGACCUGCUGGGAACGUUUAAAGGACACCAGUGCAGUCUGAAAUCGGUGGCUUUCUCAAAGCAAGAGACAGCUGUAUUCAGCACUGGAGGCAGAGAUGGGAACAUAAUGCUCUGGGAUACAAGAUGCAGUAAGAAAGAUGGCUUCUACAGGCAAGUGAAACAGAUCAGCUGUGCCCAUAUGAAACCUGAAAGACACACACCCCAAACAAAGAAGAGACGAGGAAUGGCGCCCCCGGUGGACUCCCAGCAGGGUGUGACAGUGGUUCUGUUCUGCGAUGAUAACAGGCUCAUCUCUUCAGGAGCUGUUGAUGGGACCAUUAAAAUGUGGGAUUUGCGGAAGAACUACACUGCAUACCACCACAACCCCCACCCCCUGCAGACUUAUCCAUACCCGGGUUCCUGCACACGCAAACUAGGUUAUUCUGGUCUUUCUCUGGACUCCACCGGCUCCAGGCUGUUCUCCAACUGCACGGAUGACAAUAUCUACAUGUUCAACAUUAGUGGUUUAAAGACAACUCCAGUUGCCGUAUUCAGAGGCCAUAGUAAUUCCUCAUUUUAUGUGAAGUCCAGUGUCAGUCCAGAUGAUCAGUUCUUGGCCAGUGGCUCAAGUGACCAUCAUGCUUACAUAUGGAAGAUUGCUGACCCAAAACAACCUCCCAUCAUGCUUCAGGGUCAUAGCCAGGAAGUCACUUCAGUGGCGUGGUGCCCCACUGACUUCACCAAGAUUGCUUCAUGCUCAGAUGACAACACUGUUAGGAUUUGGCGCCUGAACCGCAGACCAGAUGGAGAAAACACUUCGAACAGAGAAGCAAACGUUGUUGGGUGGACGCUUCGUAAAAUCCAAUCAUCUUCCAGAACACAUGGUCCUUUCAGCCCUGUUGCUGUCACUCCAGCCAAAAGCCCUAUGUCUGAGUCGGAGAGAUCUGCGUCUCUGCCUUCACCCCAGCCUGCUGCUUGUGCCCCCACUGGUGCUGAUCUGCCCCUCCCAUCAAACACAUCUGCACCUGUGGCCAAACUCAGAAGCCCCAAAUUGCCCUCAUCCAUCCAGCAGUGGAUCAGCCGCGGCACUUCCCCAGCCGCCUGCGGUGCAUCUCCAUGCCGAAAGGUGCUCAAACCUGUCCUCCAGGCAUCCUGCUCUGAACGACGUGCCAAGCGACGACUGGAAACGGGUGAUGCUUCUGGUGUGGGAGAAGAGAGUGACGGGGUAUCAGAGUUGUGUCCGGACGCCAAGAGGAGCAGGAGUUCAGAGAUCUCGCACAGCUCCCCUACAGAGAACAAGCAUGCCGUGUUCAGGCUGCAAAGAGAGGGGAGUCUGAGCUCGGCUGUUCAGGCUGGUAAAGAGAACAGCUCUCCGAAAAAGACUGACUGGCUCUCUGUGAUGAGCCAAAAACUGAAAGGAUCAGCGCAACCCAAAAGUCCCAGCAACAAGCGAGAGGGUUUUAGAACGUCCAGCUCCCCAGCAGCAGUCUCACCAUGUCCCAUAAAGGUCCUCUCCCCUUCACCAGCCCACAAAGCAUCGAAAAAAAUCUCCAGCUACUUCACGAAAAGGACCCAAGACUGAUCGUUCUGAGAUCCUAGGUCUUAGCGAGAGACUGUUCAGUGGCGUAAAUUCUAGUCCAGGUCUCCUGGGAUAUAAGAUAAAAUUUUAACCUGUAAAGAAUUUGCUGAUACAGCUUGUAUUUAUGUAUGUUAUUUGCAUAUUUUACCUAGUUGUAUGUUUUUACAUAUGUACACAUUUCAUUUCUUAGAAGAAAGGGUCAAAUCGAUGGAGAAUUUGGUGAACAUUGGAGAAGUAGAUGAAAUCGUUUGACGCCACAAUUAAACUCUGCAAAAGCGUUGAUGUCUAUGAUGCUCUUAAUGUGUAACUUAAAGGACUAGUUCACCCAAAAAUGAAAAUUGUGUCAUGAAUUACUCGAGCCUGUAUACAUUUCUUUAUUUGGUUGAACGCAAAAAGAUAUUUGGAUGAAAAGUUACCAUAGUAGGAAAAAUACUUGUAAAUGUUUGUAUUGUUCUGUUUAACACAAAGAUGUUUUGAGCAAUUUAGGAAAGCAAAACGUUCUAGGGCACCUUUGACUACCAUUUUAAUUUUUCCUAUUGUAUUCAAUGUUGUCCUAGAAAUCUCAGUUGCUAACAUUCUUCCAAAUAUCUUUCUUUGUGUUCAACCAAAUUUAUACAGGUUUGGAACAACGAGACAGAAUUUUCAUUUUGGGGUGAACUGUCUAGACCCUUACAUUAUCUAACACCUUUCAAAGCUGUUGCAUUAUAAAUGUGUAGUUUUCAAAGAUUUGUAUAAACACUCUUCGUAAAACCUAUAUUUUCUUGUCAUUUAAAUGUGUAAAGUCCUCUAUUUGAGCUUGUCUCCUAAAACAUGUCAUGAUUUUAUUGACUGUAAAGCAGCACUUUACAUAACUAAUCCAAUUCCAAUUAGCCCCGUGCCUUUGAAAUAUUGAACAUCUAUAAUGAACUUCCCAAAUUCUCAAAAGAUUAUACUCGAACGUUUUCCUCACGCCGUAAUAAUGACACGGAACAUUUAGACAUAUUUCUUUAGCUACGUAUAUUCUGUGUCGUAUACAGUACCUAUUCUGUACUGUAGCUUAUUAUUUGUAAGUUUGUGUGGUUUAAGAUUUGUCUGGAAUCUGACCUGUCGCUUCCACAUUCAUAUUUCAUCUUGCCUUGUAUUUUUGCCUGAAGUUUUGAGCACGUGUUCAGCACAUUGGCGUUUGUUGCUGUUAAGGGAUAGUUCACCCACAAAUGACAAUUCUGCCAUCAUUUACUCAGCCUCAAGUUAUUUCAAACCGGUUGACAUUUUAUUGUUCUUCUAAACACAAAAGAAGAUUGUAGGAAUGUUUGUAACUGAACAGUUCGGUGACAGCACUGACUUCACGGUAGGAAACGAAACUACUACUCAAUAGUGCCCCAGAACGGUUGGGUUUCCUACAUAAUUUGAAACAUGAGGGUGAGUAAAUGAUGACAGAAUUUUCAUUUUGGGUCGAACGGUCCCUUUAAGGACCUUAAUGGUCCAAAAUGUUGAGCUUUAAAUGACAUAUUUUGGGAUACAAUAACAACUGAACUAUUUAAAGUAGUAUUUGGCACGUUUUAUUGGUAUGGGUAAACAUCUGGCAAAGUCAUACUAUGUUUAAUUUCCACAGAUGUUUUGACAUGGUGCAUGAAUAUCUUGUUGCUCGUGAGUUCAGAUAUUAUGGCCACUUGUUAUUUUUUGUACGAUUUAAAUGGAUUUCUAUAUGUUUACAA